CGGCCCGGCAUGUGGAUGAUGUUCGAGGCCGUGGUGCUGAACCUGACCGUGAGAAUUCACGAUUCCCAUCGAUCCCCAUUCUCAACGGAAUCGACUCCGCUCGCCGCCGGCGCCGCCAUGCUCCGCCUGCGAAGCUGCAUCCUCACCCGUCUCCUCUCUUCCCCCUCCUCCGCGAGUCCCAUCUCCCCUCUCCACCGACUGCUGUCAGCGGUUGCGGCCGACCCAAGCCCCGCGUUCGCCGUCGAGCAGUACCUCGUCGACACCUGCGGCCUCACCCGGCCCCAAGCCCUCAAGGCCUCCACCAAGCUCUCCCACCUCAAGUCCCCCGCCAAGCCCGACGCCGUGCUCGCCUUCCUCGCGGACCUCGGCCUCUCCAGCGCCGACGUCGCCGCCGCCGUCGCAGGGGACCCGCUGUUGCUCUGCGCCGACGUGGACAAGACCCUGGCCCCCGUCGUCGCCGGGCUAACCGGCCACGGCCUCUCGCGCACCGAGGUCGCGCGCCUCGUCUCGCUCGGCCGCACCAUCUUCCGCUGCAGAUCCAUCGUCUCCAACCUCCCAUACUACCUAUCGCUCUUCGGAUCCUACGAGAACCUCCAACAAUUACUCAAGCAGUGCCCCGAGCUCCUCGGGUGCAGCCUGGAGAAGGUGGUCAAGCCCAACGUCGCGUUCCUGCGGGAGUGCGGGCUAGGAGACUGCAUCCUGUCCAAGGUGCACCUCUCCACGCCACGCAUACUUUCCACCAACCCAGACCGCCUCCCUGCAAUGGUGGCAUGCGCCGAAGGCCUCGGCGUACCCCGUGGAUCUCCCAUGUUCAGGCAUGUGCUCUACGCUGUUGCAAGGGUCGGCGAGGAUAAAAUCCCUGCCAAGGUAGAUUACUUGAAGAAAACUUUCAGGUGGUCGGAUGCUGAAGUGGGUAUUGUUGCUUGUAAGAAUCCACAGGUGCUAUCGAGGUCUAAGGACAUGCUGCAGCGCUUGUCUGAGUUCUUUAUCUCUGAGGUGGGUUUGGAACCUGCUGACAUUGCUCAUCGUUCAGUAGUGCUCACUUAUAGCCUGGAGAGCCGCCUCAAGCCCCGGUACUACGCGGUAAAGUUUCUCAAGAAAAAUGGAUUGCUCAAAUGCUUCCCGAGCUACUCUACAAUUUUCAACAUGACCGACAAGGUAUUCGUGGAGAGGUACAUCUGCCCUCACAAGGAAGCUGCUCCCCACGUAUAUGAAGACUAUGUCGCCGCUUGCAAAGGGGAAGUAUCCACUAGAUUCUUAUCUGCUUGAACCAAGACCCUGACAUGGAACUUUGUGUUUCAGUGUUGUUCGCCCAAUUAAUUAGAUCCUGAUUUUAUUCUAUGCAUGUUACAUGCUGGUUUGGUCAUUGCUAAGUGCUAAUGCCUCAUGAAACUGAUUAUUUGAUUCCUGAAACCCGGCGUGUUGUCAUUCAGUAGAGAAGAAAUCAUAGCCUGCAAUGUGUCAAAAAAAGACAUCCAUGAAUAUAUUUAUGUCUCCCACUUUUAUUUUAGAUCAUGGAGAUAACAUGUGUGGGUGGACUAGUUUUCUGUCAAAACCAGGAAGCAUUAAUCAGAAAGCGAAAGAACUGCGCCGUUUUCCAUUAAAAUAUCGGUAUGGUCUGCUUUCAUACCCGAUUUUAUUUUGCUGUUCCGUUUUCCACUAAAAUAUCGGUAUGGUCUGCUUUCAUACCCGAUUUUAUUUUGCUGUUCCGUUUUCAUUCCUUCAUAUUUUUGACCGAUCCUAUGUCAAUACUAAAUGGCAGUUCAAUCUUCAAUAAUUAGAUUUCUUUUGUGUAUAUUUAUUUUUCCUUAUGGUUUCUUUCCUGUAAUUCUUAUCCUAAUGAAGGAUUAGCUUUGUUUCUAAAUCCAUUAGGCUGUAGCUGGCCACCUUCUGUAAGGAAAACUUUCAGAUUUGAUACAGUAACGUACUAAACUAUGGUAAACAAAUGAGUCUAAAUAAAUGGCAUCUGUCAUUUAUCGUGAGAACUAAAACAAUGGAGAUGGAAUGAAUUAAUUUUAUCAUAUUUCUACUAUUCGUUGCUUGCAUAUGUGAUAUUGUAUCUGUUCAACAAGCCUACAGGUAUAUUUUGGGAAAAAACGACCGACAAACUGUAGGUUAAAAAAUCAACUUGACGAAGCUUCACAAAUAGCUGCCUUGACUCAUGUCGAAGCUGUUUUAUACUUCAAAGAUAUCUGCCUUAACUCAUGUCGAAGUUGUUUGAUACUUCGAAGUCAUGCAAUAAGCAGCAUGUGUUUUGUCAAACCAUAAUUUAAUUUGCAAUUUGUGAACUAGGUUUUUGUGCUACUGUUUUCUCGUGCUCUGGUUUUAAAACUCCAUUGGAAUUUUAUUUUUGCCGGCAAAAAUUCAAUGGGGCUUAUGGCCACACUGGAUAGAAGGUGCAAUCUUGUCCAUUUUUUUGACUUGCCUCAGUUCAGACUCUUCACAGCCAGAGCUAGUUUGUCAACAUAUUUCUUAUUUUGAAUUGGAGGGAGUAAUUAGAUUAUGAUUUGGGGUAUAUUUAUUUUGCUCUUUCGGCUAAUUCUUGAUGAAGGAUUUUCUUUAUUCAGCUGAAGCUGGCCUUUACUUCUGCUAGGAAAUUUUCGAACUUGAUAAAGUAACCAACUUAAGCAUGAUCAACACAUCAGUCAUUAAUUGCGAGAACUAAGCCGAGAUGGAAUGAAUCAGUCUUAUCAUACCUUCUACUACUCAUUGCUUGCAUAUGUUAUACUGUAUCUGUUCAACAAAAGUACAAAUAUAUUGCAGCAAAACUGUAGGUUCAAAGAUCAAUUUGGCAAAGCUUCAAAGAUAUCUACCUUAAAUCAAAUCGAAGUUGUUCGGUACUUCGAUGUCAUGAAAAUGAUGAAAUAAGCAGCAUGUGUUUUGUCAAACCAUAUGUUGAAUUUGUAAUUUAUAAAGUACAUUUUUGUUCUGAUGUUUUCUCAUGCUCUAACUUUCGAAACUUCGUUACGACUUCUUUUUACGGGCAAAGAUUUAAUAGGGCUCACGACUAUAAUGGAUAGAAGGUGAAAUUUUGGUCUUGCCAUGAGUUGCAGCUAUAAUAUCCAUUCAUAUUGGUCACUUGCAUUUUUUGAGUGGUUAUGUGUAUAUAAUUUGGAAUUUGAACAUAAAACUACGAUACCAAUAAAAUUUUGGUUAUUUUUAUUCGGAUAGGGUUAAUUCUUCUGUUAUAGCUUCCAUUGGCUUCUCCUAGACUUCAUAAGAAGUUUGUUAUGUAUCUUCUAAAGUGCCAGAAUGCAAUCUUCUUGACUUUGCAGGGGAGGGUAUGAAUAACAAAGCAUUUCAUGCCUAUUUGAAACACCUGCAGCUGGUUCAGUUAGAAGGAAGGUUACACUGCUGACUGAUCUGGGAAGGAAAUUAUUGAAGAGGUAGUGGAAACUUGAUCAUCAGCUGCAGUUGGAGAUCCGGGUUGUCCGGUCGAAGCACAAGAAACAAGUUCGGUGCAGAAGGAAUUGGCAGAUGCCCCAAUGAUGUUUCACGGUCAUCAUCCAGUCGCAUGCCAAUGGGCCUUGAAGGCUGCGGCUGAGCUGGGAAUAAACUUUGUUUAUUUUGGAGAUGGACGCUUGCAACCUACAGAUGGCGCUAUCACGAGCGACGACCUUGAUAGAUCUGACAUGUUGGUGCUCUGGUGAGGGACAUCUACUACACGCUUAUCUCUGAACUUCUUCAUCUUUUAGAAUCUCAUCUGUUAGUGCCCGAGGGACAUGAUGUUUCACGGACAUGUAUCUGUGAACUUCUUCAUCUUUUAGAACCUCCAGUUGUUAGUGGUCUGGUGAGGGACAUCUGCUACACACUUGUAUCUCUGAACAUCAUCUUCUAGAAUCUCAGUUGUUACCAAGAUUUUCUUGUACUAGUACUUUAGGUGUACCAGAUAGAUUACCUAUCUUGCGGGUGAUUUUGCCGGAA